UCUUCCGCCGUGUAGCUUUUCUCUCUCUUCUUGUUCUGAGUGUGGGCAGCAAGACUCUUCCGCCUUUUGUUUCUUUCCCCCUCCCUUUCGUCAUCUUCCCGGGAAAUAGCUUGGCGAUACCCCCCAAGUUUUGAGGCUCACGAUGUUUGGCGUUUCCAACUGGCUGAUCGCGGCCAGCGUGGCUCUCGCCACGGCCGUGUACUGGGCGUUCAAGGCUGUGUACAUGAGAACCAGAUUCAGAGGAUUGCCUCAACCGCCAAAACACUCAUGGAUCUGGGCACACACCAUCAUCUGGGAAGAGCUGGCAGCCACCCUGCCGCUCUUCACCCACCCCCAGCACAUCUACACCAUCAUGGCGCAAAAAUACAACCUCGGCGGAAUCUUCUACGUCGACAUGUGGCCCUUUGUCGAGUCCCAGGUCAUCAUCACCGACCCGGACGCCGCCCAGCUCGUCCUCACCACGAACCCGUACCCCAAGCACCCCACCAUCGAGCAGUUCCUCCGCCCCUUCACCGGCAAAGACAGCAUCGCCGCCUCCAACGGUGACCGCUGGAAGUACAACCACCGCAUGGUCGGCUCCGGCUUCACGCCCACCUAUGUCAAGCCCAUGGCCGGCAUGAUUGCCGAGCAGGUUCUCAUCUUCCACGAGCGCCUGCGCGCUUUUGCCGCCAAGGGCGAGUCGUUCAACAUGGAGGAGGAGUCUGCCAAGACGAUUUUUGAUGUCGUCGGUAAGAUUGUGUUUGGUGUCUCUCUCGAGGCGCAGAGGUCUGGCUCGCCGCUGCUUGAAGAUUUGCGCAACUCUAUUAACCCCGCCACCACCUUCAUCGGCACCCGCAACCCGUGGAAGAAGCGCAAGGCACAGCAGAAGCUACAGGCACUCAAGGAUCGCGUUAGAGAUACCCUGGCUGGGGAGAUGAAGGAAAGGUUGCGCAUCCUGCAGGACGAGAAGGAAUUGCCUUCCCGGCGACAGGUCAAGAGUGUCCUGGACCGCAUCGUCCUCGACAGAAUCCAGAGCGGACCGGGCUUGGGUCUCGACGACGAGUUCAUCGACACCGCCGUCACUAACCUCAAGGCUCUCCUCCUCGGAGGCCACGGCACCACCACUGACACCUUCACCUGGGUCACAAUGUUCCUCUCCCUCUACCCCGACGUCGUCGCCCGCCUCCGCGCCGAGCACGACGAGCACUUCUCCCCGGACCUUGACACCACCGUCGAGAUGCUCACCGCGAACCCGCAAAAGACAAACGACAUGGACUUCACCAACGCUGUCAUCAAGGAGACGCUCCGCUUCUUCCCCAUCGGCUUCACCAUCCGCCAGGCUCCGCCCGGAACAACCCACCUCGAGUGGAACGGCCGCCGCUGGCCCGUCAAGAACCUCAUGGUCAUCCCCUGCGCGCACUCGACGCACAUGGACCCCAAGGUCUGGGGCGAAGACAGCAAGAGCUUCCGGCCCGAUCGGUUCCUAGGCGAGGAUGCCAAAGACAUGCACCGCUUCGCGUGGCGGCCGUUUGAGCGCGGGCCUAGGGCUUGCAUUGCGCAGGAUUUGGCCAUGGAUGAGCUGCGCAUCAUGUUGUUGCUUACGGUACGGUGGUUCGAUUUCGAGACGAUUGUGAAUGGGACUACGCAGAGGGUUGACUAUAUGGAUAUCGAUCACAAGGUGGGCGAUUUGGCUUUCCAGAUGGUUGGUAUGGAGGCUAGGCCGAGGCACGAUAUGAAGAUGAAGGUGCAUGUGAGGGAGAGGAGGUGAGUGAGCUGGUCGCCGCCGGCUUGCUGGCCUGACUAAAGCUUGGUUUCUUGAGGCGACUUCUCCGCAGUUUCUGCGAGGAGCCAAUUGGGGACGUACAGUGGAGAGAAUGAUGGUGUACAUAGGAUGGACCAUUCUCACACAUUACAAUCUCACUGUCUCAGAAAUUCAUGAGAACUUGACGAGAUGGCUUCAGGGUGAUAGACGAUGAAUUCCUUCGUAGAUUUCUCAGCACCCCGGGUCAGCAGUGGGAUUGAAGCUGGGCCAGUCGCUCAGCUAUCCAUGAUUGGACCAAUCUAAAUUGAACGAGAUGGCAAUUCAAUACAAGUAUUGUUGGUAUCGCGUGCCCCGUUAUCAUGGUGGUAUGGGUAUCAUCUCGUCCGCGUUCGUCCUUGUCGUUAAUGUGCUCGUGUUUUAGAGAGGAAUACUCAAUUCCAUUCAAUUUCCGACGACGAUUGUCAUUAGGUAAAGUAUGAUUCGGU